CCCAGCAGAGAAGAGUUGCAGGGAGAAGAAGCAGAAGCUAGUCUUCCCCGCCUCUUGCCUGGCAGGGCCACACGCCUUUGCUUCGUGACAUCUUCAGAUGGAGAAGGGAAGAAGUUCUUCUGUCCUGAUGGAGCCCAGAGUGAAGAUGGAGGAGCCAGACCAGACUGGCCCUGAAGGGGGAAGAGAGCCCUAUGAAAUGUGGGGCAGGAGAAAUGUUGGGCUCCCAGGCAGAAUGGGUCAGCAUGCCUUGGGUGAGAAGGCCUUCAGCGCAGCCCUUCAGUGCCAGCGCUUUCGGCAUAUCCACUAUGAGGAGAUCUUGGGGCCUCGAGAAGUUUGCAGCCGCCUCCACUCUCUCUGCCGCCUGUGGCUGAAGCCUGAGCGACACUCCAAGGUGGAGAUGCUGGACCUGGUGAUCCUGGAGCAGUUCCUGGCCAUCCUUCCUGCGGAGAUGGAGCGCUGGGUGAGGGAAUGUGGGGCAGAGACCAGUUCCCAGGCCGUGGCCUUGGCUGAAGGCUUUCUCCUGAGUCAGGCAGAAGAGGAGAAGGUGCUGCAGGAAGAGCAGCAGGAGAGAGAAGCCCUUCAGGCCCAGGAGGCCCCACCAGGCACCAGCCAGGGCUCCCCUUCCAGGUGGAUCAAGUUGGAGGAGGAUAGAGGGAUUGCUUCAGUGGGGGAGGAGCCAAGGAUGCUGGGAAGCCGCAAUAGCUCAUCUCUUUCUGAAGCAGGUGAAAUGGCCUCAGUAGAACAAGAUCAGGUGACUUUUGAGGAUGUGUCUGUACUUUUCAGUGAGGAAGAGUGGGUCCUGCUGGAUCCAGAUCAACGGACCCUGCACUGGGAGGUCAUGGGAGAGAAUUAUAAGAUGUUGGCCUCUUUCGAUGAUGCUGGAAAAGAGAGCAAAAGUGGGGGAGCACCAUGUAAAGUGUGGUUGAAAACAUCAAGAUAUAAAGAGGGGGAAGAAGGAAACCUGGAAAUGGAAGUUGAAAAAUAUACAAAGAACCAGUGCUCUGCUGACACCAGGGAAAUCACAAUCCAAGAAUCUAUCGACGAAAACAGCUUUGUCUUUGAGAAUGGCUUCUUCCAUAAGUCAUCAUGCCUGAAUGAUGAUAUCACAAACAUUACAGAGGAAGAACAAGAUAAAUACCAGCAAUUUGAAGAAAGUUUUGAAUCUAGUAUACACCUUACAAAUUAUGAGAAAUCACAAAUUAUGGACGUGCCAUAUAUAUGCCCGGAGUGUGGAAAAUGUUUCCAUCAUGAAGGAGUCUUCAACACACACCAAAAAACCCACACGGGAGAGAAACCGCAUAAAUGCCUAGAGUGUGGAAAAUGUUUUCAUUGUAAAGGAAGCCUGAGAAGACACCGAAAAUCCCACUUGGGAGAGAAACCUUAUAAAUGCCUGGAGUGUGGGAAAGGGUUUACUGAAAAGAGAAGUCUUAUUGGACAUGAAAUGAAUCACAGAGGAGAGACACCCUAUAAAUGCCUGGAGUGCGGGAAAUGCUUCUGUCAGAAAGAAGCUCUAAGCAGACACGAAAAAAUUCACACUGGAGAGAAGCCAUAUAAAUGCCUGGAGUGUGGGAACUGUUUCCAUCAUAAAGGAAGCCUGAGAAGACACCGAAAAUCCCACUUGGGAGAAAAUCCAUAUAAAUGCCUGGAGUGUGGAAAAGGAUUUACGGAAAAGAGAAGGCUUAUUGGACAUGAAAUGAAUCACAGAGGAGAGACGCCCUAUAAAUGCCUGGAGUGUGGGAAAUGCUUCUGUGAGAAAGAAGCCCUAAGCAUACAUGAAAAAACUCACACGAGAGAGAAGCCAUAUAAAUGCCUGGAGUGUGAGAAAUGCUUUCAUCAAAAAGGAGCUCUAAGCAGACACGAAAAAAUUCACGCAGGAGAGAAGCCAUACCAAUGCCUAGAGUGUGAGAAAUGCUUUCAUCAAAAAGGAGCCCUAAGAUCACACCAAAAAAUACACACCGGAGAAAAGCCGUAUAAAUGCCUGGAGUGUGGGAAAUGCUUUAAUCAAAAAGGAGCCCUAAGCUCGCAUGAAAAAAUUCACACAGGAGAGAAACCGUAUAAAUGCCCAGAGUGUGGGAAAUGCUUUAAUCGAAAAGAAGCCCUAAGUAGACACGAAAAAAUUCACACUGGAGAAAAGCCGUAUAAAUGCCUGGAGUGUGGAAAGGGCUAUAUUGACAAGAUCAGUUUCAUUGGGCAUGUAAUGAACCACAGGGGAGAGGCACCCUAUAAGUGCCUGGAGUGUGGCAAGGGCUUCAUCCACAAGAGAGGUCUCUUCCUGCAUGAGAUGAAUCACCGAGGAGAGAAACCCUAUCGUUGCCUAAAAUGUGGGAAGAGCUUUAACUGUGAAUCGGUCCUCAAAAAUCACCAGAACACUCACGUAGAAGAAAAGCCACACACGUGCCUGGAAUGUGGGAAAAGUUUCAGUUGGAUAGAAAGCUUCAGGUACCACCUCAAAACCCACACAGGAGAGAAGCCAUAUAAAUGCCUGGAGUGUGGGAAAGCCUUUUCUCAGAGGAAAUAUCUCACGGGGCAUGAAAGGCACCACAGAGGAGAGAACCCCUAUCAAUGCCUGGAAUGUGGAAAGAGUUUUAUGUUCAAAUCAGGUCUCAAAAGUCACCAGGACAGAAAGCAUGCGCAUGCCAAGAGUGUGGGGAGAGUUCAGUCUUCAAAAUAGUCACACGAUGAAGAAAACACAUUUGGACAGAAGACCGUUCUGGUCUUUGUAUUUAUUCCCUCUUGUUCAGUGUAGAACAGUUUAUUCAAGGUAUCUUGGAUCUUUUUUUGGCACACUUUAAGGAAUAGUACUGGCCUUGUGGAAUUGUUGAUGCCUCACCAGCUAAUAUGAUGUGGUAUCCACAUGAUUUUGAGUCGCCUUCGGGCUUGAGAAAGGCGGGAUAGAAAUAUCGUAAAUAAAUAAAUAAAUAUUUUCCCUCCUUUUUAGAUGUAAGUUCUUCUCUUUUAUGCUUGUUUUAGAAUGUCCACUGAAAUUUUCUCAGCUUCUUCUAUCUCUUUUAUAGUGUAAUAAAGCUAUUUUAUGGCC